UCUGUCACAACCAAAGACGCAAUCUCUCUGAUCCUUGCACCUGAAGGGACUGUAACUCUUACAGAUAUGGCCCCCCAGAUCACAGGAACUGCAGGGUCUGAGCAGAUAUCGGUACCCAGGCCGCAGGCAAGCGGCGCAAUAGAUCCACCUGCACAAGAAACAGGAACUCGGGUCAGUUCACUUGAAACUCGUCAUCAAAAAGCUCAACUAAUUUGGGCUGGUAGAAUAGCAAUAAUUCAGCCCAGUACACACGAAAACAGCAAUGGUGAAACAAUUACGGCAUAUCCUGGACAUGACAGAAAUAAUGAAAGAUCAGAUGAGCGUGAACUCACUCAGCAUUCGGACGGGGACGACACGAAUCGAGAUUCUGAUUCUUCCAACGGCCAUGCACCGACUAUUCCUAACGAUACCGGCAACACUACCAACUCGCAGAGUAAACGAAUCCAUCUCUCCAAUCAAGCCGCCGGUGUCAUUGGCGCAACUACAGCUCAAAGCAUAACUUCUCUUGUCUGCUUCCGUCCAAUUAACCAUGGAACACCUGUCACUGGUGCUUCAAGCAAUAUGAAGGCAUCCCAUAUCGAUUUGGGUGCAACCUUCAAGACUGCUACCUUGAGGUCCGUUCCUUAUCUGCCCCAGGUCGACCCUAGCCUAGUCCGAACACAUGCAAGUGACUCUGGGAGGGUUUUGUACCAUAAAGGUGACCUAAGGGCUAUCAAUCUCCAUCUAAACUUUCUCGGGCAGAGCGAGGAUACCCUUCGUGGACAUCUCGAACUCUCGGUCUUAUUGCUAAACUAUACGCUUUACAAUAUGGAUGAGGCUUCACCUCGACCUGUAAAUUACCUCGUGAGAGGUAGAUCAAGGAAGCCAAUAUAUUGGACAGGCAACGAACCAGUUUCGUCUAAGGCUAAACCUUGUUCCUGGACACCAACACCCCCCAACCAACAACUGUCAAGUGCAGAGCGUACCCAAGUCACAAGAAAGCGGGAAGCGUAUAACAUCCAACUUCCUUUCCAGUCCCUCUACGUUUUCGAACUCGAGAAGCGUAAUUUGACAGUUGCGCGGUUAUGCAGGGCUGCACGGUCCACGCGUUGCGAAGACGGGCGGUGUGAAUGGGUAUUACUCACGUUCAGGGGAGGAGUCAAGCCAUAUAAUCUAUAUCUUGGUGUCAUCCCCGCUGGAGGAGACAAAAACACCACCGUCUCGAACGAACAAUUUUGGCUCGCAACGGAGGACAAUGACUAUGGAUUGUUUGUGGAUCCAUAUAUAG